AUGGCGCGAAAUGUUUUAUCCUCUGUUACUACAUUUCGCGUCCUCACCGUACUCCUUCUCUUGCUCCCUUCUAUCUCCGCCGGUCACGACUAUCACGAUGCUCUCCGCAAGAGCAUUCUCUUCUUCGAAGGACAACGCUCUGGAAAAUUACCAUCUGAUCAGAGACUCCGAUGGCGCCGGGACUCCGGAAUGCACGACGGAGCCACUGCCGGAGUGGACUUGACCGGUGGUUACUACGACGCCGGCGACAAUAUAAAGUUCGGAUUCCCGAUGGCGUUCACCACGACGAUGCUUUCAUGGAGCGUGAUCGAUUUUGAGAAAGUAAUGGGACCUGAGCUUUGGAACGCGUUGAAGUCAGUGAGAUGGGGAACGGAUUAUCUCUUAAAGGCGACGUCAAAGAUAGGUUCCGGCGUGGUGUUUGUUCAGGUUGGUGAUCCUUUAUCAGACCAUAACUGUUGGGAGAGACCGGAGGAUAUGGAUACUCUCCGCACCGUUUUCAAGAUCGACGGGUCCCACCCUGGCUCUGACGUGGCAGGUGAAACCGCCGCUGCACUUGCUGCUGCUUCCAUCGUCUUCAGAUCACGUGAUCCUGCUUACUCGAAAAAGCUCCUCAAUCGUGCCGUUACGGUGUUCGAUUUCGCUGACAGACAUCGUGGUGCAUACAGUAACAGCCUACACCGUGCAGUGUGCCCAUUUUACUGCGAUGUAAACGGUUAUCAGGACGAGUUGCUUUGGGCAGCAGCGUGGUUGCACAAAGCUUCCCGUAGGCGUCUAUACAGAGAAUACAUUAUUCGAAACGAAGUCGUUUUGAGAGCUGGGGAUACCAUUAAUGAAUUUGGUUGGGAUAACAAACAUGCAGGCAUUAAUGUCCUCAUUUCUAAGGAGGUUUUAAUGGGAAGAGCAAACUAUUUCUCGUCAUUCAAACAGAAUGCAGAUGAAUUUAUCUGUUCUACAUUACCUGGAUUUUCACAUCCACAAGUUCAAUAUUCCCCAGGUGGGCUUAUCUUCAAGGCUGGUGGAAGUAACAUGCAACAUGUAACGUCUUUAUCCUUCCUCUUGCUAGCUUAUUCCAACUACCUAAGCCAUGCCAACAAGGUCGUGCCAUGUGGCGAUACAACUGCCACUCCAGCUUUACUCAAAAGACUUGCCAAACGCCAGGUGGACUACAUUCUUGGGGAUAACCCUUUGGGAAUGUCCUACAUGGUUGGAUAUGGUGUACACUACCCGCAGAGGAUACACCAUAGAGGAAGCUCGAUUCCAUCGGUUUCGGCCCAUCCGGCCCGGAUUGGAUGCAAAGCUGGAUCUCAAUAUUUCUUCAGCCCAAACCCAAACCCAAACGUCUUGGUUGGAGCUGUGGUUGGUGGGCCCACGAAUACUACAGAUUCGUUCCCUGAUUCAAGGCCUUUCUAUCAGCAGUCUGAGCCCACAACUUAUAUCAAUGCACCACUUGUGGGCCUGCUUGCUUUCUUUUCAGCUCAUCCUUGA